CAGAGGCACAGUGAAGGCCCAUGGUGGAUUCAAUGCUAACGAUGACGCUGAAGUUCUCUUCAAGGCCAUGAAAGGACUCGGCACCGAUGAGGAUGCUAUUCUCCAGCUGCUGAUAGCACGUAGUAAUGCACAGCGCCAAGAAAUCAAGGCUGCAUUCAAAACCCUGCAUGGAAAUGAUUUGGUGGAUAAUUUGAAGUCAGAGCUGGGUGGGAAGUUUGAGAGUCUGAUUGUAGCUCUGAUGACUCCUCCCAUCAUGUAUGAUGUCACGUGUCUGCGGGAUGCUAUUAAGGGUGCAGGCACAGAUGAGAAAGGGCUGAUUGAGAUCUUGGCAUCAAGGUUACCUAAUGAAGUCAACGAGAUCAAAAGUCUAUACAAACGAGAGCAUAAUGAUGAUCUGGAGGAAGAUGUGACUGGUGACACUGGAGGUCAUUUCGGUAGGAUGCUGGUUGUUUUGCUACAAGCCAGCAGACAGCAGGGUAUACAAGAGGACCUCAUCCAAAGCGAUGCCCAGGCUCUGCUUGCAGCAGGAGAACAGAAGUAUGGAACUGAUGAAGGCCAGUUCAUCACUAUACUGGGGAACCGUAGUAAUGCUCACCUUAGGAGAGUGUUUGAGGAGUAUAGAAAGCUCUCAGGGUAUGAAAUAGAGGAGAGCAUCCAGAGAGAGACAUCAGGAACCCUCCAAGAAGUACUGCUGGCCGUGGUGAAGUGUGCUCGCAGUGUGCCGGGUUAUUUUGCCGAGAGCCUUUACAAUUCCAUGAAGCAGGGGGCAGGCACUGAUGACCAGAAUCUGAUCAGGAUCAUGGUAUCUCGCAGUGAGGUGGACAUGAUGGAUAUACGCACUGAAUUCCGCAAGAGGUUUGCAACCUCUCUGCACAAAACGAUUCAGGGUGAUACCUCCGGUGACUACCGUAAAGCCCUGCAGCUGCUGUGUGGCGGUGAUGAUGCAUAAACCCUGCCACCCUCUCUG